CCUCGCCCAUGGAUGAAUCGACACGACACGUCAACGUAUGCAUACAAUGCAACACCGACCAGCAGCCAGGCACCCUCUUCAGACAGAUAGCCGUAAUGUACACGACAGACAAUCAGACCCACACAUGAGUCAGUCAGUCAGUCAGUGAGUCACAGCCAGAUUCAUUCAGCACGCAUGGAUGCCCUCCCUCCGGCACUAUCAUCUGUGAUUCAGCGGAUGGGGUCAGGUCAGGUCACUUUCCGCUUCUUGCUCCGCGUCACGUAUGUCGGCUCAGCGGCAACGGGCACAGCGGCAGCAGCAGCGACGGUCAUCUGCUGGUCGGUUGGGUUCUCGGGCGCCACAGCCUCGACCGCCGCGGUCACCCUCGGCCGCUUGUUGCCGUCGCCCGCCUGAAAGUUGCUCUUCAGCGACUUGGCGCCUCGCUGUCCUCCUUCAUGCAGCUCAGUGACCGCCGCCCUCUUCUUGCUGUUCUUCUUGUUGCUCUGUGUCCUGCGGACUUUCUUGGGUGCGCAGCCCUCCCGCUCCUGACUCGUCGGGAGGUCGUUGGCAGCCAGCAUCGAUCGCUUCUUGUCCCGCUUUUGCUGCUCCUGUGGCAGUCCGAGCCCUGGCGCCCGGCGCCUUGUGUGCGUGAGCAGCUGCUCCUUGUGCCGGCUGACGGCCCGCUGGGCGGCGUCGAGGAGGAAACCGAAGGGCAGAGUGGCGAUAUCAGGGGCACCCAUGGUGGUCGGUUUGAAGGCCUCACACACGGCCUUCGGCUGCAUGACAUGAUCAUACGUACAAGAGAGGCACAAAGAUGCAUUCAUGGAUCGGAUCGACGGAUGGGUUGGGGAUGUGUUUCUUCCGCCCACCAGGGAGUCGGUGUUGAUGCGCGCCAGGGCCCGUGCGAUCGUGAGAGGCGCCAGAUGCUUGACAGCCACGUCUCUCGUGCUCACGGUCGGUGGCUGCUCGGUCAACUCGUACAGAAGAGGCCUGCAUGGAUUGCACACAAAGCAACCCCAUCCACAAUGGAUGGAUGGAUGGAUGGAUUUGUGCUGCAUGACUCAGUACAUGUUCUUGAGUGUGUUCUUGACGGCGUGUGAGAGCUGGUUGGCGAUCUUGGUACGAUGCCUGACGCCGUUGAGAGUGCUGAUCCCCCACUGGUCCACUUGGUCACUGUUCAUGGGGGCUGAGGCGAACAGCUGCACACAUGACACAGACACGCACACAAUGAAACAAAGCACUGAGCUCGGCAAAGAGCCAGACGUACCACGCAGAUGUACUUACGUGUUUGAAUCUUAAGAAACUUUCGCUGCCGAUCUCGCCGCCGCAGAUGUCCAGCCGCGACUCAACACGGAGGCCGUCGGCCUUGGCUGCCCCCACGGCGGCCUCGCACACCACCCGUACCAGAUCGUGGUGACACCCAGCAUCGCCCUCGGUAUGCGCGGAAUACGCCUGCACGCAUUCAAAGACAGUGCGGUGUGGGCCGUGUGUGUGUGUGUGUGUGUGUGAGUGAUUGUGUGCGUACCUGGACGAGCGAAUUCAGUUUGUCCUGUUGCGCCUGUGCGCCGGUUUCCUUGGUUGACAGGUACAAGGCCAUGAAGGCCGCCUCCAACUUGGCAACACCAACCCUGAUCGAUACACACACACAUGGACAUAAAUGGACGCCACACACACACACAGCGAGAGAGAAGAACAAAUACAAGCCCGUCCACUCACCCACCCUCCCACCCCUGUCCGUGUAUCUGCCUGCCUGCCUGCCGCUCCUUACUUGAGUGUCUCAUACAGCUUCUGUAGGGUAGCCUCCACAGCCGCCCUCAUGCCCCCAAAUGCAUCCUCACGACCAUCUUCCUGGUGCUCGCCGCCCCCUCUUAUGACGACCAUUACGCCCCUCGCCUGCCAAUCGCACCUGUUCACCGUGAAACCCUCGCCAUUCGCCGCCUUGGCCAGCUCCUGGGACAGCUCCGGGGGGCUCCUGCCCGUGGCGGUGACGGCGUCCGUCGCACGCACACUCCACACACCAUUGGCGUGCUGCGUGGCGCUGGCCAUGAAGGACCGCAUGAAGUCGGAUUUCUCGCACACGUCGUCCUUGGUGGCCCGGGAGAAGCGCAGCUUGUAUGUGAGGGGCACGUUGGGGUAGAUGCGACUGGUGCUGGUGGUGGGUGGGCCGUCCUGCUGCUGCUGCUGAUGCUGAUGCUGUAUCGUGUGGUCGAGCAUGCGGAAGAAGGUCGUGACGUCAUCGGGUGUCUGGGCCUUGAGGGCCGCCAUGGCGUCAGUCGACGGCAUACUGACGGCCACCACACGGCCACCACCACCUUGGCCACUUUCAGGCUGCUGGUCCGGUCGGCUGACGUGUAUGAAUUUGUGGAUGCUGGUGUUGGUGCGUGCAUUGGCACGUGGCUGGAUGAGGUGGUCCAUGAGUGCGCAGGCAAGGCGGGUGGCCGCCCAGGGAUCCACCAACGGCACGCUGGCGUCGCGGUGCAUCAUGAGAAGGUCCUCGGGACGCACGAAGACAUGAGAAUGGCCGCGGGGGCCAUCAGCACCUGACACACAGACACACAGACAGACAGGCAGGCAGGCAGGCAGAGAGAGGGAGAGAGGUACGGUGCAGACGUGUCGGUGGGUCGUGUUAUGCCCCUCGCGGUCAUGCGUGUGUACGCACCGUUGUCGUGCGGCUGUCCGCCUGUGUAUUUGGUGUCCUUGACGUAGUUCUCAAUCGACUGGGGGAUGGUCAGGUGGAUGGCCCCAUCCACGCGCAGCGCGUGGCUUGCGUGGACGAGGUCAACGCCACUCGUCGCAACCAACACGCAAACCUUCCCUACACAUAGAUACAUAGACACAACACAACACAACACAUGUGGGCAUGUCUGUGUGCUGUAUGUGUGCUGUGUGUGUGCUGUGUGUGUGUGGAUUGAUGCCCAUCGCCCACUCGCUCCCUCACCUGUGAUGAAUCGGUCCAUCACGGCGGCCAGCUGUGCCCUCGUGCGGCCUGAGUGAUAGGUUUCCACCUCCCCAUACACACCUGCACACAACACAACAAACCACAACACAACACAACACAACACACAUGCAUGUGUCAUCCAGCCAUCCAUCCAUCCAUCCAUCCAUCCGCCUGUCUCUCUCUGAGUGUUCUUUGUGUGUGUCCUGACGUACGUGUUUUCAUCAGGGAAUCUGCAAGCAGCUCGGCGUCCGACUGUCGCCACGCAAAGACGACGAUGGUCUUCAUGGCCGCCCAGGGAUGUUUCCUGAGCAGCGCCUUGACCUCCAUGACCCGGUGGAAGUCCCAGCGGUACUCGCUGUAGGUCAGGCCAAAGACACCAUCGUCAUUGGAGCCAGCUGGACAGACAGACAGCACAGGGAGGAAUGCAGUUGAGGGCUUAUUGUUCAGAUGUCUGUCUGUCUGUCUGUCUUGGGCCUGAUGUGUCUGUCCGUUGUGGUUGUGUACAGCGCCUGUGUACCUGAGUCCUGGCGAUGUUCUUGGCCAUUGGCGGGGCCGUCGCGCGCAGGCAAAGACUCGUGCACCUGCAGACAGACACAGAGUGACGAUGCCCAAAGAUGGAGGGAGGCACAUCAUAUCAAAAGUUUGUGAGUCAGAGAUUAAUCCUCACUCACUCACUCACUCACUCACUCGAGGCUCGUUGACGUCUCGGUUGGCAAGACCGCUCCUAUCCCUUUUCCCCAUGGUCUUCCUGUUCUCCUCUCGUUUUGCAGGACUGGCACUGACCUUGGCACCCUGCUGCCGCUGCUGGCUGACGGGGGAGGGCAGCGUCAGCGGCAAAAACGGGUUGUGGAGAGGCGGGGACGGAAGCGCCGCGCCGCGGAGGUCCGGCCCCUGCUGCCUGCCGCUCUGCAGCUCCUGUGACCGUGACGCGACGGGCAGGGGCGACAGCGGGUGCGAUGCCCUCUGCUGGUGCUGCUGCUGCUGCUGGUGGUGGUGGUGGCGGUGGUUGGUUGUGGGUGAGCGAUGGUGACCGGAGUGCGGCAAACCGUUGGUGCCAUACUGCAGGUGGCGCAUCUCCUGUCGGUGCUGACGCAAAUCAGCACGUGAGUGAACGUUGCGUGAUGGGUAGGGAGGGUGAAGAGCGAUGGACGGUUGGCUCAGCUCCAGGCGUGGCAAGGGUCCUGAAGGCCGUGGUGGCUCCGGCGACGGCGGCGAGCCCGACAUAACUGACUGCCGAUGAACGAAGAACACUGACCAGCUUAGACCUGCACACACAGACACACAGCCAUCCGUCACAGAGGUCAGAUUAUCGCUGCAUGCGAACACGCGCUGCCUGGCAGUGCCCGUGCGGUGCUCAUAUGGCACGUUGUCCCACCCGCGGCUUCCUGCCUUGUCUCAGCUCCGCUUACUUGAACUAUUGUGACAAGCCGCGUUCUCUAUGACGUCAGACAGCGGCGUUCGUCUCUGCAAAAGGCGUGGAGAGCCAUUUUUCCGCCAUCACAGAGCUUUUCAUGUCCAUAGGGUCGGAUAGGUUUCACGAAUAAGCUCGCAUACACCCUUAACCGACCGACCGACCGACAU